AUGUGGGGAUAUUUUUUUGGAGGAAAUAGCCAACAAAAGAAAGAUUUACCAAAGAAGGCAAUAGUGGAAUUGCGAGAACACAUACAAACACUAAACAAGAAGAAGAACCAUUUGCAACAGCAAAUGGAUGACCAAGAUCAGUUGGCCAGAAAAUAUGUUAGUUCAAAACAAACAACUUUAGCUAAAAGUGCUUUAAAAAGAAAAAAGGGGUAUGAAUCUAAUCUAUUAAAAGUGGAAAACCAGAUUGAAACUUUGGAAACACAAUUAAUUAGUAUCGAAGGAGCAAACUUGAACUUGGAAACUAUGAAAGCUAUGAAACAAGGAGCAAAGGCCAUGAAACAAAUACAUGGGGAAUACGAUGUAGACAAAGUUGAAGAUACUAUGGAUGAAAUAAGAGAACAAGUAGAGUUAGCCGAUGAAAUCAGUGAAGCUAUAUCGAGGCCCGUUGGUAAUGAAUUUGUUGAUGAAGAUGAAUUGGACGAAGAAUUGAAAGAGUUGGAGGCAGAAGCUAAAGAACAAGAACAAGAACAUAGAGUGCCAGCUCAAAAGGCAAAACCACAACCUGUAUCAAGAGAAGAAGAGUUACCACAAUUCCCAUCUGUUAACAAGAAAGCUCCAGUAGUAGAAGAAGAUGAAGAUGAAGAAGCAUUGAAAGCAUUGCAAGCUGAAAUGGGAUUAUGA